UCUGUUUAUAAAACAGAUUAUGAAAACAUGAUAUAAGAUAUACAAGAAAUAACAUUCUACGAAUUCCAAUCCAAGAAAAUUUCAAGUUUAAUUACACAAUGGGUAGUCAAUUUUAUGCCAAGGACAGAGUUUGUGAUCGAAAGGAAAUGAUAAAAAGAGUAAGAAAGGUUAUAGACGACCUGGACAGUGCCAAGGUGGAGGCUCGCUGCUGUUGCACGGACCCUGGUUCUCCCCCUGCUGGCACUAAGCUGGUAACUCCUCAGACCCUGGAUGGCGAGGCUGCCGUGCCAAGGGUUGUAUCAGCUAAUAAAGCCAAGUAUAUAUGGACGCCCCCAGCUACAGACAAUCGCCAACAUCUUGACGCCACUAUGUCAUGUUACUCUGCCACCGUGGCCAACCAGUUCUAUGAUGAGUUGAAGGGAUGCAGACUUGACUGCGGGGUGUCCAAAGGGGAGGGGGGAGGGCCAACACCACACUCCCACUGGUGGAACGCUCCUGGUAAAGUAACAUCUCCCAAGGGUGUAGGCCCGGACUACUGUGAGGAUCCGGAGUUUGUACCCCCCGAACCACUGGGACACAUGGCCUGGACCAACGAGCCUGGUGGCACCUGCAGGUAUCCGCAGUACUGCAAAGCCCACUGUUUUGACCAUGCACCUGAAAGAGACUGGUCUAGGCAUUAUUGACUCCCUUGUGAAAAAAACAACAAAAACACACAUACAAUAAAGACGUACAAACACUG